CAUACCUGCAAUUCCCUUGUGCUCCGCAUCCGUCAGACUUCGUGGCUCAGUCCCGUUGUGAUUGCUAUUGGAUGGAUAACGUCUUUUGCAUUUGGCCUAGCUCCCUUAAAGAAACAAGGUUUAAGUACUAUCUAUGGCCCACAAGGAAUCUCAUGUGGCGUCACGAGUUCUCAUCCUGCUCUCGUCUUUGUCUUCGAUGCUCUCCCAAUUCUUCUUGGCGCCCUGUUUUCGGUUACGUUAUAUUCUCUCAUUUUUCUUGUCCUUCGCGGCACCCUACAGAUCAAGGGUAGCAUCAAAUUUACCCUUAAUCCUGAGGAGCGUUGGAGCUCUGUCAGCAACUUCGAGGAGUAUGAUCGCUUCAUUGGCGCUAUCGCAAGGAGCUUGUUGUGGUAUCCCUUUGCUUUCAUCACACUCCUUCUGCCCUAUUCCAUUGCUUCCUUGGCCGCCGUAUCGGGUUACAACGUUCCUUUCGGCGCUGAUGUCUUCGCACACGUGUGCUGCUUUUUGCUUGGUUUUGCCAACGUCGUCCUUCUCUACAACAUAUUCCGCGUCCUGAACCCAGUCUACCACGGUGAAUUUAGCGCCGGCUGCAAAGGGGAGUUGUACGGCGACAAAGCUUUUUCCCGAUCGUCAAUCUACAAAGGGCCCUCGCUCCCUCCCGUUGCCGUCACAUUUUCGGGACCUGGACUACCCUUGUACAGAAAAAGUGACAGCAGUGAGAAAACUUCGUCUCGAACCGAGUUACCCUUGCCUGCUCUUCCUGCAGAGCAGGCUUCCAGGGAAAGCGUGUAUUCGGUGACGCGCAUGUCGGUCACUGAGAGGGAGAUAAUCCGCUUUAGUCAGAUAAGCGUGGAGCCACCAGCCAACCGUGCCAGUUUCAGAGAGUCCCUUCCCACGGAAUCAUUCCAACACCUCAUCGCUCCUCUCGCUGAACUUGAACGCCAGCUUUCAGAGCCACGUGAUGUCCCGUCUCGAUUGUCAACUAUUACUUCGAGUACUGCACUGUCGGCUCUGCUCGAUUCACAAGGUAUCACUCGUAGUCUGACUCCAGCUCCUCGUGUCGUUCCAACACCCGAGCCCUCUGCACACCUUUUGGAUACCAGCGAGGAAACAGUUAUCACACCACCGAUUACGCCCACAUCUGAAGCGAGUGCAACUCCCUCAAGCACUGGAUUGCCUCGCGAUAGCUUCGGAAUCCGUCCAUUGCCAGUGUUACCUACAGCAACAUCUGGGCCACCAGCCUUCUCUGGUGCUUCUGGUAAACGUCGAGCACCACCCCCAGUACUCCGUGUUAUCCCUGCUGCACCUCACAUCGCGGAAGCAGAACAGUCGCCGCUGCCCGUCCUCUCCGUUUCACAACGUUCGUCGUACUCCACCAGUGAUACAGGGAUUUCCUCUUCCGGCUCAUUGCGUAGCAUCAGACCCCUUCCUGUUUUACCCCGAAAAGCGAGCGCUGAGAAGGUAGUGCAAGAACCCAGUCGCAGUAAUACUAUGCAAAGCCGCCGCACGACAAUGACAUCUGUUUGGUCUCAAGACAGCGCUGAGACACACGGUCAUCCAGUAGACGUCGAGGCUGCUAUCUCCUGGUCGGAGCUUUCGGAAGGGAAACGAACGAGUGCUGGUUCGAGCAGCACGUCGUCGAUCAAUCAGGAAAAUCGUGUGCGUGAGAAUGCCCCAGCCCGCAAUGGUACAUUUGGAGCUGUCCCAGUGCCUGCGACCUUGCGACCGAGGACGCCCUUGUCUAACUUCACCGUGCGCUUCACCGGCGCUAACGCUGCCAAGCGCUCUUCCAGGGGUGGAUCAUUGCUCUCAGGAUUCUCCAUCUUGCCAUCACCUAUGGCCGGAAAGAACAGCAAUGCGUACGCCAGCCGGUCACUGCCGAAAGGUCCUUCCGUUUCGAGUAGGCCAUGAGUAUGCCCAGUUCUUGCGAUGGAAAAGGAGGAAUGGAUUUUAGCGAUGAGUUUCCUUUGGACAAGCUCUUUGAUAUGGAAUAUUCGCCCCGGUCCCCCUUACUGUAAAUCUGACUGUCGUUUAUUUAUUUUCAAGUCAGUAUAAUCUCUGGACGUUCUACCAGAUAUCUCAACACGCUCUACUACUCUCUGUAUUGCCAGUGUAUAAUAUGGGAUAUUUACACUUCGUCAGAAUUGUGAUUUCCCUUUCUUGUCAAAAGGGCUGUACGUUAUUAUCGAUCAAGAUAGAUGAAUCACAGCCUGUUGAAAGAGCAGCUUCAAGACAUGAUCAUGAUGCUGUCU